UUUCUCCUUCCUGACUGACCACCAAUGUGACCCACAGGAUAAUAUGACAUGUUCAAUAAAGUCACAUCAAUCAAAGCAUUUUGUUUUGUUCACAGAAGAAAUGUGUGUGAUUCUAUGCAUUUCGGGGUUUUGGGGAGCCAAAGCCUCCAAUUUCUUUUGCACGCGUGGUUUGGCCGCAACGCCGUGACGAGUGUGACUGAUUUCCGGAUCUGAAAGGUGGCGACCCGAGGUUUGCCGUUUUAACAGGACGAGUCAAGUUUUCACGUGACAAAAUGUAUGUUUGGUUGUGAAAAGGUACGUUCACAUUUUAGGAGUUUGACUUCCGCAUUUGGCAAAACGAAGCAAAGCAAGCGACUCCUUCUGGUACAAGUGGCGGCGCCGUAUAACGUGGACCCAAGUGUGUCUACUUUUUUUUUUAAUUUCUAAUCAUUUUAACUCUGCCGUGUUUUUCUGCAGUACUGGGGACAAGAUUGAUGUUGAACGUUUUUUUUUUCUGGGUUGGCUGCAAUACGCUUCAGGACUAGGCGAAAUGCUAUUGUGCAGUUGCUGAUAUCUGAAAUGCUAAUUGCAGACUGGAAGACUGUAGUGACGGAUGUGAUUUUAAAAUUUUUAUUUUGACAAAAAAAGUGGAUUACAGAUAUCUGCAACGUAAAUUCAGUGUAGCUGUUAAAUGUUAAUCUGGUUUGAUUUCACGCAAAAAGCAGAGAGCGGAAAUGGGCGUCAUACGUCAUCGAUGAUGUAACUUUCCCCAAAAUGAUCACAAAACUCACGCUUCGCGGAAUAAUUCUCCAAAUUCGGACUGAACACACUGGACUUUCCUGGAGCAAAACGUCAUCCAUUCAACAUUCGUGUGUGGAUCAACUUGUCUCGGUGCACGAUGGAUCGUUCGAUCUAAUUUAGCGGUGAUUAGCUUAGCUUGCUAGCCGCUAACAAAGAAACGCAUUUGCAAUGUCCACGCAUCGCUUUGCACAAAUCAAGCGUGACUGCGAGGUGUUGUGAUUGUCGUGCGAACAUGUGCGCAAAACGCGUGAAAGAAGAAUACGAGGAGGAACUUUGUGCGACAAAAGCAGACCACGAAAUACAGCGUCAACGCCAGGACACAGUUUUCAAGAAGGACGAAGCACAAAGAGCAGAUGUCAGUGAAGUUGACCUUCCUCCUGAGCAAGAUGAGGCAGAACACCCUCGUGUUAAAGACGGAGACAAGCGGGAGCCUUCCCACAUUAAAGAUGAAGAGGAACGGGAGACUCCCCACAUAAAAGAUGAAGAGCAGGAGGGUGACAUCAUCGACUUUCCAUUGACUGUCAUUGUGAAGAGUGAAAAUGAUGAUGAGGAUGAUGAUGAUGAUGAAGAAGAAGAAUCUGAUAGAGAGCAGUGCGGAGGAUUGCAAACAGACAACUUCUUAGCUCCUCUCUCAGAGAGUGACAACAUGACGUCGCACUCUUCUGACACUGAUGGUGACGAGGACUCCAAAGGUGAUCAGACAUGUCACACUGACAACCAACGCUGGAAAUGUUCUCAGUGUGACAAAACUUUUGUCAACAAGUCGUCACUAAAGAGACACACGAGAAUACACACUGGGGAGAAACCUUUUGCCUGCUCAGUCUGUGAUAAAAGAUUCUCUGUCAAGGAAAGCCUAACUAAUCACAUCAGAACACACACUGGGGAGAAACCUUUUUCCUGCUCAGUGUGUGAGAAGAGAUUCAUUACAAAGGGAAGUUUAACCAAUCACACAAGAACACACACCGGAGAGAAUCUUUUUACCUGUUCUGUAUGUGGUAAAACCUUUGCUGAAAAGGGACAUUUAAGAGUGCACAUGAGAACACACACAGGAGAGAAACCUUUUGAAUGUUCAGUUUGUGGCAAGAGAUUCUUUCGGAAAGGACAGUUUGAAACACACUCAAGAACACACAAUGGCGAAAAACCAUUUGCCUGUUCAGUCUGCAACUUAUCUUUCAGAGAUCGUACGGUGAUGGUUCAGCACAUGAAAACACACACGGGCAAGAAACCUUUUGCUUGUUUAGUUUGCGCUAAAAGGUUCUCCAGAAAAGGGGAUUUAAAAAGACACACAAGAACACACACAGGGGAGAAACCUUUUGCCUGUUCAGUGUGCAACUUAACCUUCAGCGAUCGUUCGGGAUUGAGUCAUCAUAUCAGAACACACACUGGGGAGAAACCGUUUUCAUGCACCAUAUGUGGAAAACGAUUCAAUCAAAGUGGCACUUUGACAAUACACACAAGAACGCACACUGGAGAGAAACCCUUUGGUUGCAAUGUGUGUGACAAACAAUUCCCCCGCAAGCAGCUGGUGAAGUCACACAAGUGUAUGGGUGAGAAGAGCGGCGCUAAAUGAAGCUUCAGCAAAUCUGUGAAGAAAAGUUGGACUCUUCUUGGUGACCAGUAAACGUGUCUAUGUGAUUCUGAAUAAAAUACGAGUCUUCAAACUGUGGUCGUGUCCAGGAACCGUUGUAGAGAGCCUCAAUGCAAUAAAUACAGUUCAGCUAAAUAUCUUUGACAGGGAGACCAUGUAAAAAAAAAAAAAUAAAGUAUGAGUCUUUAAAUUGACCUCCCGUGUGGUUACAACACAUCCAAAUAUAU